AUGUUGCUUCCGUUUUCAUUUUCUAGCGCCAACCAUGGUUCUACCAGGAGGUUCUCUUCCCCACUAAUUCUGAAUACUACGUCGUUCCAUUUCUCAAGAAAAGCUCCCACUUCUUUUUCAUUUCCUUACAAGUCAUUCUACCCACAUGCACUUCAGUCAGUGAGUGCUAGAGCUUCUUCACCACUCUUUGAUGAUAACAAAGACACCAAAAGCAUGAAUAAGUUCUUGGAUGUGGAACUACAGGUUCGUGAGUAUGAGUUGGAUCAGUAUGGUGUAGUCCAUAAUUCUCUUUAUUCUUGUUAUUGCCAACAAGGUUGGAGUGACUUUAUGAAAAGCAUUGGUAUUAAUCCUAACGACGCAGUUGAAAAUGGUGGUGCAUGGGCAAUGUUCGAACUAUCUGUCAAAUUCAUUGCACCUCUAAGAAGUGGAGACAAAUUUGUUGUAAGGGUUAGAUUUUUAAGCUUUUCAGCGGCUCGUUUAUGCUUCUCUUGUUCCAUCUAUAAGCAACCAAAUCAAGAGCCUAUUUUUGAAGCAAAUGGCAAAGUGGUGUAUCUUGACAAAAAUUAUCGUCCUAAUCGUAUUCCAGCAGAUAUAAAGUUUAAAUUGGCUAAAUUUAUCAAUGGCGAGGACUUUUAA